AUGUCUGGGAAGCAGUUCUCCGUGACGGACUUGGUGGCCAAGGCCGAGGCGCUCGUGGACCAAUGUCAACCAGAGCUGGCGGUGCAAUUCUAUGAAAAGGCACUCGUGCAGGAGCCAACGAACGUGGCGCUACUGGACUCGAUCGGCGAGCUGAGCACGGAAGUGGAUGAUCCCGAGCGAGCGCUUUCGGCUUUUCGACAGAGUAUCGCACUUGCUCCAGCUGCGAACCCCGCCAAGUACUUUUACCUGUCGCAACUAGUCACAGGCGAGGAGGCUGAGCAGUAUACGCUGCAAGGAAUUACGCACUUGCAGCAGGAACUACAGCAACAGGUGGACUCUAGCACGCCGGAGGCGCUCGUGAUCAAGAAACAGAUCUGCGAUGCCUUUUGCUCGCUGGGUGAGCUCUAUAUGACGGACUUGUGCGACCACGAGGAGGCUGAAAGCCGCUGUGAGACGUACUUCCAGCAAGCCAUGGCGUUUGAUGUGGGACUGCCAGAGCCAACGCAAGCACUAGCGAACCUGCGACUGGUGCAGCAGAACAAGGAGGCAGCUGAGGAGCUACUGGACGAGACCUAUCGGCGUCUGACUGAACACUGCACCGUAGACAGUCUGCCGUCACUCGAGUUCCGCACGGCUACGGGUAAAAUGCUGAUUGAGGUCGAGAGGUAUGAACAAGCGUGCGACGUGCUGGAAGGAGUGAUGCAGGAAGACGACGAGAACGCCGAGAUCUGGUUCCUCGUGGCCACGUGCUAUCGUGCGAUGGACGACUUGCCAAGUGCCCUCGAGUUCUUUGAAAAGUGCCGCCGGAUGCUAACGAAACUCAAGAAAGAGCUGCGGGCCGACUUUUAUCUGGACGAUCAGCUCGAGAGCGUUGUUGAAAGCAUUGACAAACUCAAGACCCUUAUUGCAGACUUGCCACUGGAGCGUGAUGGUGAAAGCGAAAGCGACGAGGACGAAAGUACCGAUGCGAAGACGGUCGGACAGCAGGACGUGGACAUGGAGGAAUGA